GGGGUAUCUCCAUGUGGCCUAAGCUUCCGCACGGCUUCUUGCAGGCUGGAAUCUUAAGCUUAUGAUUAAAACGCAGCUCUUGAUUGAACAGCGCCCUCUUGCGAUUACGCAACAUCUUCUCAUCCAAGUAUGUGAAGCAGACGACAGUUUUCAUACCGCUUUGUGAUGUAACUCACAGAAACUUUCACUGUAGGUUAACUGCUCGCAAGUCCUUCCUGCUAUGUGAAUAUGGUAAUCGCAUCUAUCCUGCACUCCUCUUUUCGUCACAGUGGAUAUGUUGUUCCCAUCUCAUUGGUCACCAUGGCAACGGUGGGUUCCUCUGGUAUAUGGCUGAACAAAAACAGCAGGACAGUCCAGUCAAGUUGGUCAUCGUUUGCUCCCGUCAGAUUUGGAAGGGCAUUCUUCAGUGCAGCAUUUGUGGCAUUGGAUUAUAAAUUCACAUUAUUUGGAGUGGACUCGGAAUCAGAGAGAUAUAAUGAACUCAAAUCAAAGGUAUGUGUUAUCAUUUUGUUGUGCAACUUAUCAGGUGCAUCUCAGAUCGGCCCAAAGACUCUACCGCCUUUGCUGCAAGAAUGGCGGCAUCUUCAUCAAAGCAGGGCAGCACAUUGGUGCGCUGGAUUACCUCCUCCCAAAGGAGUACGUAGAGACAAUGAAGGUGCUUCACAAUGAUGCCCCUUGCAGCAGGCUGGAAGAUAUCAAAAGUGUCAUUGAGGAAGACUUACAUUGCAAGGUUGAUGAUGUGCUCCUGGACUUUUCUGAUAAGCCAAUAGGCACAGCCUCCCUGGCUCAGGUGCACCAUGCUACACUUAAGGACGGCAGGUCGGUAGCGGUCAAAGUUCAACACCCUUACGUCAAGGCUUACUCUGAUGUGGACAUGAAAACCAUUGAUUUCCUUUUACAUGCUGCUGCACGACUCUUUCCUGACUUUGAGCUGCUGUGGCUGAGCGAGGAGAUGAAGAAGAAAUUGCCUGUUGAGUUGGACUUUGUACAAGAAGGUCAGAAUGCAGAGAAAGCUGCUCGUCUCCUGGGUCACUUCAAAUUCCUCAAGGUCCCUACAGUUUACUGGGAUCUGUCUACAACCAGGGUGCUGACAAUGGAGUACUGCCAAGGUGGACGAGUGGAUGAUGCCAAAUAUAUGAAGAAACAUGACAUUGAUGUCAACAAGGUGACCCAGGCUUUAGGUAAGAUGUACAGUGAAAUGAUCUUUGUCCAUGGUUUUGUGCAUUGUGACCCUCACCCUGGCAAUGUGUUGGUUCGGAAGACAUCCCAAAGUCAUCCUGAAAUUGUCCUGCUGGAUCAUGGACUCUACCAGAGCUUAACAGAUGAGUUUCGGAUGAAUUAUGCCAAUUUCUGGCAGUCCAUCAUAGCAGCUGACAUCGACGGUAUCAAGAAAUUCAGUGAGGCAUUAGGGGCAGGAGACAUGUAUGCCUUAUUUGCCUGCAUGCUGACAGCUAGGAGCUGGGAUGUAGUCACAACGGGUAUCGACAGAGUUGCUCCAUCUAAUGAAGAGGAUGAAGAAAUCCAGAGAAGCGUGGCUUUGUACAUCCCUCAGAUCUCUAGCAUCUUGAACCGCAUCCCACGGCAGAUGUUGCUUCUCCUCAAGACUAACGACCUGCUCCGAGGCAUCGAGUUCUCCCUCAGGAGUCGCAAGAGUGCCAGCUCCUUCAUCAACAUGUCCCGCUGCUGUGUGCGCGCCCUGGCUGAGCACGACCGCAGACAGUGUCCCGGUUGGGUGUGUCGUGCUCGGGUCACACUUCGCAAACAUGCUCGUCUUUUGGCCAUCAGUGUCUAUGAGAUAUACCUGUGGCUGAGUACGACCAAUGCCUAUGGCUGGCUGACAAGAAUAUUUAUGUCAAGAAUCAGUUUACUAUCAUUAUGAUGUGUGGUGAUUGUUAGGUUGGAUAUUACACCACUCUCUCAGUAAUGUUGUGCUUGUACAAUAUCAAGUGCAAUUUAGUGUUUUGUGAAUAAGUUCACCAAAUGUCAGUUAUAUGCGGUUGGCUUCUAGUGACUUUCCUAAUUGGUCAGUGGGUAUUUUAGAGGUGUUCUUGUUCCCAUGGUAAGCCUCAUGCUUUUUGUUCUCUUAACACCUCUUGUCACCUCACCUCCAUUAAGCUUGGGUUUAUGCACUGAAUGGUAGUCAUCCAAGACAACAUGCAUCUUCAUGAGCUGCAAAUUGCAUAAUGGACAAUGUAGCCAGGAUACCUCUUCUAAGGCGUGCUCGUGGAACACUUGACAAUCAAAGAGAAUAUAUUUAGAAGCAUUAUGUAUAGAGAGACUGCUGCUUAGAAUGAUUCACAGGACAGUUCACCAUAACAAGAGGUUGCCAAUUGAGGCCAUAUUUUGUCUGGCAUUAUUGGAAGAAGUCAACAUCACAUACCAAACAGUAUCCAUUUUGCACAAGGUUUUGGUUGUUUUUGUAUUUUAUGAGACAGGUGAAAUGUUAUAUAUGCAUGAUGACGGGCUUAUUUACAGGACCUCCAACUGCAUUUGUUUGUAUGUUAUUGCAUCGAAGAACAUUUGAUUCAUUUCAGGAUCUUUUACUCAAAAAUGCCUUGUACAGAAAAAUUGCUGCUGUCGAGAUUUUUAUUUGCUUUCUGGGGACGUGGUUAAUGUUGGUCGAAGGAUUCCUUAUUUGAGAAGGUCAACAAAGGUUAGUCUUGCCAUAGAGUACCCAAGAGUGAUGUCAUUUGAACCAGGAAGUGUAGUGUAAAAGAAUGGAGCACAUGUAUAUGCUCGUGUUGGUUCACUUGCUGGUCUGGUGCUAAUGCCUUUUACACAGAUUUCGUGCUUGACGCAUUCACUUCAGUACUUUAUUUUCAGAAAGUUAAAAAAAAACCAUUACGUGUAUAUUUAUUGUGACACUCUUUUGACUCCUUGGCUUGUUCAUCGACCAUGAACAAUUAAUCUUCAUUAAUGCAUGUUUAUGCCUUCAAUUCUACCUCUAUGGGCACACUCAAAAUUUAAGGUAACAAAGAAUGAUUUAUCGGAUGCCCGGAAGAAGGUCGUAAGGGUGAAAAAUGGGUCAAAAGAUCAAAAUUUUGGUUGUUUUUUUUGGGGGGGGGGAAUUGACAGAACAUUGAAAAUUUGAAAUAUCCUUCAUUUGGUAUGUCGCCUCAGUGCGCCAUGUUAUAUAAUAAAAUGAAAGACGGAAGAUUAUUUUUCAUUUUGUCGGAAUAAGGAUGUUAGCAUGUGUGACAAAGUGUGGAGGCACUCAGGGUCAGGAGGAGUUAACAUGCUGCUUUUACCGCACAUAUUAUUAGGCAUGAGGAGUUCCCAGCGCAAGGUUGUCAGCAUAAAAAGUAAAUUACUGUUAAAAUUUAAGGUUUUUAAUUUAUAAUGAGUCACAAUGCUAUUUUAAUUUUCAACCAAACUUCUUCAAUCUAAGAUUCAGACUUGUGUGAUUUUUGUAUUUACAAAUAGGAUCCCCAAAACGUUUAAACCGUUUAUCUCCAAAAUGCUUGUGUGCCUGAGCUGCUAACGUCCUUUUGCUUGGCAUACAACGAAUUCAUACCAAUGGGUUAGCUUGCACGCGUAUCCAUUCUUUGCUUGGAUUUCUCUGUUAUUUCACAGUGUUUGGCAAUUGAUUGAACUGUAUUUCAGGACCCAUUUUUUUUCAUGUACAUGAAACCACUGUACCUGUUACAUGAAUAAUAUCAGUCUUAUUGUAGUUGAUAAUGGCACGUUUUGCCGACAAUCGAUUGCUGAUUGGAUGUCUGCAGUAUAAUUGCGGGAUGUUUUUUUAUCCAUUAAAUUCCCAUUUCUUCCCAACAUUGGUAUAUUCAAGAAAUAAAAAUUAUAUUUCCAGACUUCUGACAAGCUGUUCCCGUUCGUUUAUUAAGGUUAAUUUA